UUUCGCUGAGUAAAGUUGUGGUUCGUCUCUUGCUCCAGUUGAGAUGCUUCAGCUGUGAAGGCGUCGAGCUUAAAGCAUCCAGGAUUAAAAGUGAAAUUUUAUUUAUUGCCUAAUUGUAUACGUUUCAUAAUUUGAUUGACACUAAAGUGUACUUACGAGGCCAAUUUGAUUGAAGCGGUGUUAUUAGAGGAUUACACUCUAUUGAUGAUUGUGAUUUAUGGUGAAUCUGGAAGAUAACUGAAUCUUGUACAAUGAUGGUUGAGGAAAAAUCUAAAGUGGUAUAAAAUUAUUUGAAACCGUAGCAAUUCUGAAAUUAUUUGGAUAAGUGACAUAUUGUGUAACAAGAUAGAGCGCCGAACGCUCCAGGUGCAAAAAUGGUGUCUUAUUAUAAUCAUUUCGCGAUGUACCCGAAGAACCACGGGGGCAAUCUACCCUAUUCCACGGCAUCCGGUUGGUAUACGGGAAACUACCAGCAUCAGCCACCGCAUCCCCAAUUCAUCGGGGACGGUGAAUCAUCUCCACAGCCCAUGUUCUACACCCACCCACAUGCAUUCCAUCAGGCCAGCCCGGACUGGAGUGGCCAUGAGAGCUUUCCAACGCCGCCUCAGACAACGUUGAUUCCGCACGGACCAAGUCCCGGCGGCCUGCAUCUCGGCAGUCAGGGAUCGGUGGCAAGUAACACUAACCAUAACCAUGGAGGCGACCACAUUGGUGAAGGACCACAUUGUAUGCCCUCUCCACCGAUAACCGUGUCCGGCAGCGAUAUGUCCAGCCCGGGGGCACCCAACGGAUUAUCGUCGCCGCAAAUUACCUCUCGACCUACGCCUGUCAAGAGCCCAUACGAGUGGAUCAAGAAGCAGUCCUACCAGACGCAGCCUAAUCCAGGCAAAACUCGCACAAAGGACAAAUACCGGGUUGUCUACACCGAUCAGCAGCGAUUCGAGCUGGAGAAGGAGUUCCACUACACCCGAUACAUCACCAUCCGACGAAAAUCGGAACUCGCCCAGACCCUGCAGCUGUCCGAGAGGCAGGUGAAAAUCUGGUUCCAAAAUCGACGCGCGAAAGACCGCAAACAGAAGAAGAAGGCCGAAAACGGUCCGGUCAGCUUGAGCGGUCAACAGCUAAUGGUCGCCCACUCGCAGCACAACGGGUCCCAAUCGAUGUCGAGCUUGCUGAUGGAUACGAAGCCGAAGCUCGAACCGGGUCUACAUUUAUCCCACCUACACCAGAUGAGUGCGAUGAGUAUGGGCAUGGGUUCAAUGGGGUUGCACCCAGCGCACCAUCCGCUGCAUCCGCACCUCGGGGUUCCAACUUCGCAGCACCUGAAUCAGACUCAUGGCUCCCAAGGUCCGCCGGCUUCGUUAAGCGUGAUGUGAUGUGGCGGUUUGAUUUAAAACUUUAGCAUCUUAAAUCGCGAAACAACCAACAAGUGUGAAGACCCUAGUGGACUUGAAAACUAGUUGUUAGCGGAAAGAAGGUCAUCUAAAAUGUAUGGUAGCUAGAGUCGGCCAUUUUAUUACAAUGUUCGAUAGAGAAAGUACGGUAAACUGGUUGGAUCAACAUAUUACUAUAAAAAUUCAGCGAAAAAAUGCCUUAUUAGAGAUGAAACCAUUCAACCAUUCAUUCCUUCAUCGUGCAGCAUAUAAAUACAUUGCGGUAGAGAUUCCGGUCACGCCGUAACGGGAAACAGAAAACAGUAGCUCAUCUAUGUUUUACCCCCACUGUUCCAUUUCAAACCCAUGCGCAGAGAACCGCCUAUGUUAUGAAUAAUUUAUAAACUACCAUAAAACCUCCAUCCCAGGUUGGUUUCUUGUCCCGUCUAGUGGAGUGUUAUUCAAAUUUGGCGAACUGUUUUCGAUAUCCUUUUUGGAGAAGGGGAACACACCCGGAGACACGAAUGAGUUUCGAGCGCUAACUUUUAUUAGCUACAACGAUUUACUCUUCUCAUAAAUUCUGCCAUCGAUGUCAAAUGACUGUCUAUAGCGACAUUUGUUUUUUUUUAUAGAAUAAAUUGGUAUUGGUGGAGCACAAUUUCGAGGUCAUACAUUUCACAACAUUUAUUUUUGCGUUGUUCCAACUAAGGCGUUGAGAUUUUUUUUUUAAAGAACCGAAAUUCAUGUCGGCAACCGUUAUAGUUAUAAUGGUAUGAAACUGGUAUCAAUAGUAAUAGCAGCAGUAGUAGAUGUAGUAAGAAUCAACAAAGUGCAAUGUAAAAAUGAUAUACUUUUAGUAAGCUUAGUUUUAGUCUGUAAGUAAUUGUUAGUUCCAAAAUGCAACGAGUUUAUGCUGUAAGAAUAUUGAGCCUGAAUCCGAUACCGCCUCUCCGGAACACAAAAAACAUACCAGCAAGGAGAAUAUUUAUUUUUAUUCGUCGCGUUAUAAACUAUACUGUACAGAUUAGACACGCCGGUAAGAUUCUGGAGGACAAUAGCAACAGCUUCGUUACUGCCUUAACCGUCAAAGUAACACUGGUUAGCCUUGACCAAAUGAGGAGAACAACAUUUUACUUUGUCAGUCAGGGCUAGUUUUUUAAUUUGAUUGUCUAAUUUGUAUAUUCAUGCAAAAAUUUACGGUAAUGCAUCGAUAUAACUGAAAAAUAUAAGAUUACAAAUUGUAAAAAGUUCCAUAAUGCCCACUAUAAUUGAACACGUUUCCCUAUGUAGAUAUUAUUCUUCUCUGAUUUAACUAGAAAUCCUUCUGUCAGCUUUGUUUUUUUUUGUCUUUUCAACUGCCUUCAGAGGAGGAAGUUAAGAUUCUACCACAUAGAGCGCAGCCGUUAUAACCCCAGACACGAGAUAACCUGAAAAAAUUCGCUGGAAAAUAUAGGAUGUGAGAUUAACCUGCUGCUUAUUUUCAGAAGUUAUUCCAGCGCUGGUUAACAGGCAUAACAGAAUAAGUAGUAAUUUAUGAGCACCUGGAUUUCCCACGAUAAUCAAGCGUCGGCUCAAAGUUCGACGAUUGUGGGCAACAAGUGCUAAAAACGAGAUUACGCUGCAAUCAGAUUGUUUCUUUCAACUCUAUAUUUUACUUACAUUUUGUUUAUGUUUGGUAAACUCAGCGUGGUAUGCUGAGUGUUAUCUUCUCCGCAGCAUUCUGAUGUGAAUUCUGUCGUCUACUUAAAUAGUUAGGACUUUUUUGCGGAAAUUGUUAAAACAUAGAUAAUCCACUUAGCUAAUACCAGUGAAGCGGAAAUAAAGGAAAAUAUCUCAAA